AUGGCAGAUAGAAGCUUUCACAUUGCAAUGUACCCAUGGUUUGCCCUAGGUCAUAUCACUCCAUAUGUCCAUAUGGCCAACAAACUAGCAGAGAGAGGCCAUAAAAUUUCCUUCUUUUUACCGGCCAAAACACAACACAAGGUUGAGGCUUUCAAUCUCCAUCCACAUCUCAUAACCUUUAUUCCAAUCGAGGUUCCGCAUGUUGAAGGUUUACCUCUCGGCGCCGAAACAACAAAUGAUGUCCCUUUCCCUUUGCAUCCUCUCAUUAUGACCGCUAUGGACCUCACGGAACCUGAUAUUGAAGCUUACCUUCGUCAACUCAAACCCCAUUUUGCUUUCUAUGAUUUCACUUGUUGGUUGCCCGCGUUGACUCGCAGGUUAGGUAUCAAGUCCGUGGUUUAUUGUAUCAUUAGCUCUGCCACCAUUGGCUAUCUUCUUAGUCCAGCAAGAAAGACUCUUGAGAAAGGUAUGACAGGGUCCGAUCUUUUAGAGCCUCCACAAGGUUUCCCUUCUUCAAGUAUUAGGUUACGCGCACAUGAAGCCCAAGCAUUAGCCGCUGUAACAACUAUGGAUUAUGGAAGCGGCCUUUCAUUUGUAGAACGCCAAUUGAUGUCUUUAAGCGAUUGCGAUAUUAUUGGUUUCAAGACAUGCAGGGAAAUCGAAGGGCCCUACGGUGAAUAUAUUGGGAGCCAAUUUGGAAAGCCAGUCAUUUUCGCAGGUCCAGUAGUGCCAAAUCCACCUAAAAUAGCACUAGAAAAACAAUGGGAAAAGUUAUUAAGCAAGUUUCAACCUAAGACUGUGAUUUUUUGUGCAUUCGGAAGUGAGUGUGUUUUGAAAAAGGACCGAUUUCAAGAAUUGGUUUUAGGCCUUGAGUUAACAGGUUUGCCAUUUCUAGUUGCCCUAAAACCACCGAUGGGAGCCGAAACGAUCGAGUCAGCCCUGCCAGAAGGAUUCCAAGAAAGAUUAGAAGGAAGAGGGAUACUUUAUGGAGGUUGGGUACCACAACAACUAAUCUUAAGGCAUCGCUCUGUAGGGUAUUUCGUCACUCAUUGCGGCUCGGGCUCUUUAGCAGAGGCCAUGGUGAGUGAUUGCCAAUUGGUGCUGCUACCCCAUGUCGGAGAUCAAAUAAUUAAUGCAAGAUUGAUGGCUGGAGACCUAAAAAUCGGAGUAGAGGUUGAGAAAGGUGAUGAAGAUGGAGUAUUUACAAAAUAUGAUGUUUGCAAAGCAGUAAAAACAGUAAUGGAUCAUGAUAAUGAGUUGGGGAACGAGGUAAGGACCAACCAUGCUAAAUGGAAGGAGUUCCUUUUAAAACCAGGACUUGAAAACUCUUACAUGGAUGAUUUUGUUAAGCAACUGCACACAUUGGUGUGA